UACGUUUUGUAUUGGGACUCUCCUCCACUCUCCAGUAGAUUUUGCAGUUUUAGGGCUUAAAUGACGCUUUUCGAUCAUUUGUUAUAAUUUGCUUGAAUUCCUCGUGCAUUCACCACAUAAUCACGCAUUUUCUAAACGUCAACAAUGGAUUUUCAAAACCGUGCUGGUGGCAAAACCGGCGGAGGCGGUGUCGCUUCCUGGUCGGAAAGCAACCGCGAUCGCCGAGAACGUCUGCGACAGCUCGCCCUGGAAACCAUCGAUCUGAACAAGGAUCCCUACUUCAUGAAAAACCAUCUCGGUUCGUAUGAAUGCAAGCUCUGUCUAACGCUGCACAACAAUGAGGGCAGCUAUCUGGCGCACACGCAGGGCAAAAAGCAUCAAGCUAAUUUGGCUCGUCGUGCUGCCAAGGAGGCAAAAGAGGCUCCCUCGAGCAUGCAACCGGAAAAACCCCGAGUCGAACCGAAAAAGUUUGUCAAAAUUGGACGUCCCGGUUACCGGGUGACGAAACAGCGCGAUCCGGACAAUCACCAGCAAUCGCUGCUGUUCCAAAUCGACUACCCGGAGAUAACGGACGGCAUCAUUCCCCGCCACCGGUUCAUGUCCGCCUACGAGCAAAAAAUCGAACCCCCGGAUCGCAAAUGGCAGUACCUUUUGUUCGCUGCCGAACCGUACGAAACCAUCGCGUUCAAGGUACCCUCGCGGGAGGUCGAGAAAACGGAGGGCAAAUUUUGGACCCACUGGAACAAGGAUACCAAACAGUUUUUCCUACAGUUUUCCUUCAAACUGGAACCGAAGAUUAUUCCGCCACCGCCGCCCAAUAUGCGCAUUCCAUUGCCGGGCAGGCCGAUUUUUAACUCCAUUCCCGCAACGUGGGAUUAGAUUAAGACAGGUGGAAUUACUAAACCGAAUAUG